AUGGCGAGUGAAAUCCAAUCGCCGGCUCCGUUCGUGCUGAGCCCGAACAACGACCAGCUCGAACGCGCCCAGGUACGCGCCGCACGCGCCGCCGCCUAUCGCCGCAAAGCCGCGACGGUUACCGGUCUUGCUUCUCCGCCGAUCGAUCCUUGCCUCAGCGAAGAACAGGUCGCUGAACUCUUCCACCGCUGCAUCAAACUCGCCAGCGAAAAUAAAAUUAACCAGAAGAACGGUUGGGAGCUGAAGCUUAUAGACCAUCUCAGCGACAUUAUUAAAGUCGAAGCGGGAAAUGACUCUGAGACGAAUUUCCAAAAGGCAAGUUGCACAUUGGAAGCAGGGGUGAAAAUAUACUCUGUGAGGGUGGAUUCAGUGCAUGCUGAAGCGUAUAAAGUUCUGGGUAGGAUCAACCGAGCUGGUCUCGAAGAUGAACAAGAAACUACUAUGGAGGUAUCACCACUGUCCACUUUGGAAUCCUCCUUUGAAGCUCUAAACAUGAAGAAGUUUGAUGUUGCGCUCAUGGUAGAUCCCCUGUAUCAUCAGACAUCUGCACAGUUUGAUGAAGGUGGAGCCAAGGGUCUGCUUUUGAACAAUCUUGGAGUAUAUGGAAGGUGCCAGGUGCUCUUUGAUUCUUCCGAAGUUCCAGGGAAAUGCAGAUCAUAUCCAUCGAAAAGGAAUUCCUUGGAUUUGAUAGAUUUAUCCUUUCAGAAAGGUGUGCGACAUUUCUGUGUUUUUGGUUUAAUUGUAGAAUCAAUGCAGCAGAUGGUGAUGAACAUGGUUGGAGUAAAUGAAAUUUCUCCUACUCUAAAUGAGAUUCUAUGCCAUAUUGAUAAAGAUAAUCAGCGAUCAGCACAAUCUUUUAAUUUAAGCCAGAACUCAGAUAUGCCUACAGAUGCUUUUAAUGAUAACGAAGUUGGGUUAGACUAUUCACCUGGGAGUAAUAGCACAACGACCAUUGAUCAUGAUGAUGAUAUAAAUGUCAGUCAUGAGGAUGUAAAUUUUGGACAAUCAUAUCAGUGUCAGCAGGAGGACAAUAACUGGCAUACAUCACUUGAAGCUGAUAAUGAUGAUAGAUUUGAGGAAGUUUCUGCAUUUUUGUUUCAAGGGUUGGCAAGCACUUCAAAGAAAAAUGCAUGGGCCGGUCCUGAUCACUGGAAAUAUUGGAGACCUAAGGGUUCAGAGGAUGCUCCUGCUAAUCCAUGUAGACGAAGUAGUAAGAAAUCAUACAAGAACCAUACAGAAGUUGACCUUAUUUUUGCUACAUCCAUAGGCAAAGAAUUUCCAGAUAUAUUUUCUAACCCAAAAAGUUUGAAGUCCUUACUUUUACCUGCAAAUGGAGUACCAAGUCACAGGCUUCCAGAAGAUUGCCAUUAUCCACCUGAUGAUCUUGUCAAGUUGUUUCUUCUUCCUAAUGUUCUGUUGCUUGGGAAGAGAAGACAGAAUCAUAUAGAUGAUAACUUGUGGGGACAAAGAAAUAAUUUUGAUGAAGCUUUGCCAUCAUGGGGCAAUGAGAGUGUGGCUAGUGAUCAAUAUGAUGAUGGAUGUGCUCAUAGUAGUGUGGAAGAUUUGGAUACACUAGUCUCUCAACCGCGCCAGGUAACCAGAGUUGAAGUUCAGUAUGACAGAACUUCAAAACGAAUUGAUCUUCAUGCAUUGAAAAAAACUCUAUGGGAUCAAAUGCAAGAAUUUGUCAAAGUUCCUGAACCGGGUUUGAAAGACACUAUAUCUUUCAAAGGUAUACUCUCCACUUUUCCAGUCAACUGCCAAGCUGCAAUGCCUGAGGAUAUUUCACCCCAUUUGUGUCUCAUCUGCCUUUUGCAUUUGGCUAAUGAGCACGGGCUAACUAUACAUGACUUUCCCAGUUUAGAUGACUUGAGCAUUCAUCUUCCUUCUUGUUUAAACUCAUCUGAUGAACUGAUUUACCGGUUACGUUCUGAUUACAUCCCUCCAUAUAUGAAAAACACGAUUGAAAAUCGAACACGUUUGCUUGUUCAUACUUUGGCAAUUUCUUUCUGUACAAAAUUAGAGAAAAGGAAAAAGUUUGAGGAUCCUUAUGGAGGACCACAGCAGAGGCGCACUAGUACAAGAACAAGUGGGAUGGAAGUUGGUGAUGGACGUGAAAGAUUCUUGAAAGAAUUAGACCCCUAA